CCGGCCGGGGCCGGAACAGGGACAGCGGCGGCGGCGGCGGCGGCAGACCCGGCCCCGGGAUGGCGAUGUUCCGCAGCCUGGUGGCUUCGGCUCAGCAGCGGCAGCCGCCGGGCGGGCCGGCGGGCGGCGACAGCGGCCUGGAGGCGCAGUACAGCUGCCCGAUCUGCCUGGAGGUGUACCACCGGCCUGUGGCCAUCGGCAGCUGCGGCCACACGUUCUGCGGGGAGUGCCUCCAGCCCUGCCUCCAGGUGCCGUCCCCCCUCUGCCCGCUGUGCCGCCUGCCUUUCGACCCCAAGAAGGUAGACAAGGCCGCCCAUGUGGAGAAGCAGCUCUCGUCCUACAAGGCACCCUGCAGGGGCUGCAACAAGAAGGUGACGCUGGCCAAGAUGAGGGUGCACGUUUCCUCCUGCAUGAAGGUCCAGGAACAAAUGGCCAACUGUCCCAAGUUCGUCCCUGUGGUGCCCACGUCUCAGCCCAUCCCCAGCGCCGUCCCCAACAGGUCCACCUUCACCUGCCCCUACUGUGGCGCCCGCAACCUGGACCAGCAGGAGCUGCUCAAGCAUUGUGUGGACAACCACCGCAGCGACCCCAACCGCGUGGUGUGCCCCAUCUGCUCGGCGAUGCCCUGGGGGGACCCGAGCUACAAGAGUGCCAACUUCCUGCAGCACCUGCUCCACCGGCACAAGUUCUCCUACGACACCUUCGUGGAUUAUAGCAUCGACGAGGAAGCUGCCUUCCAGGCUGCCCUGGCCCUGUCUCUGUCCGAGAACUGAAGGCACAGCCCAGCCCCUGGACCUGAGCCCUCCCGCCUCCGGGCGAUGGGGCCGGCUGGGGGGACAGGCCCAGCGCCUGCGUGGAAAUGCGCCUGUGGGACAAGCAGAGCCUCCUGUGUUGCAGGACAGACGUCCCUGAGCCCACCAGGGGCCCCGUCGGAGGGUGGCCUCCAGUGCUCCUGGCCGAGCGUUGCUGGCUCCUCGGUGCUUCGGGCUGAGCAGGCGGCCCUCACGGGGCUGGCUCGUUGGGCCUGAGAGCGGUGGGCAGCCGGUCUGUCUCAAAGCCAUGCUGUCCUCCUCUCUGGCACAGAGACCCACUGUGCCCCAUCGGCGUCCCGCAGGCCUGGCUGCUGAGCAGGGGGCGCGGGGGGAGCCCGGCCACCGUCUCUCAGCGCUUCCAGUUCGCGCACUCGGUACUGGCUUUUGUGAUACUUAGGAAUUCUGGCAUUUUUCUAUAUUAUCCAGUGUGAUGAUCUUUUCACAUUUUAUAGAGCAAAGACCGAGCAGUUACUCUUCCUAUGGCAAUACCCGUGUUUGACUAGGAACAAUAGUAUUUUUAUGGAACAUUUACAAAAUUAUAUUUUUAAAAAAAAAAACAAUCAAAAAGCAACAGUUGUGGGGUCGGCGCGGGGGAGGGAAAGAGAGUCGUGGACGCCAGAGCCAGCACGCGCCCUGGGGCUUUGCUCAGACAGAUCCUGGGUCCCCCGUCCCAACUGCCAGGCAGAGCCCCCAGGGCCCCUGGCCGCUCGCAGCGGCCACCGCCGCGGUGCAGGCCUCCUCCCGCCAGGGUCCUGGCCGCCACCCCGCUGUCUCACUCCCAGGCGUACCCCGCACCGUGCUGGUAGGCCACCCCGGGGGGUGACGGGUGGGGUGGGAAUGAGCAGUUGUACUCUUUCGGUUCAUGGCAUAAAUUAUUGCUCUUUUAAAAAAAACUUCAAUAAAACAUUUCGAAGCAUCUAUA